AUGACGCUACCAACCCGUAAGAUGUCUGGCAACGAAAUUUAUCCUCAACUGAUCAAGAUGGACGGCGGGUCUCACUCAUGGACGCAGAUUGCCUCCAAAAAAAGGUCAUUUCGGGAUCAAGCGUUGGAGCCAUACAUGGUCUCUGAUGUGGACCAACGGGUCCCCCGCAUCUGCCAUAUCCAGGACCGUUCUUGCUUCCAUGGUGACCCCAUGGCCCAAGAGAUAACGGAUAUUGACAGCGUGUACUCUUUACUUGAACGGAUCAAGUCUGGAAAAUAUACCGCCGAACAAGUUACCUUAGCCUACAUCAGAAGAGCGGUCAUCGCACAUCAGUUGAAAGGGUAUUGUCAGACCAACUGCAUCACAGAAACGGUCUUUGAGGACGCACUGGCACAGGCCCGAGCGUUGGAUCGGGAAUUUCAAGAAACCGGUCAACUCAAGGAGCCACUCCAUGGUAUCCCACUCACCGUGAAGGAUCAGUUUAACAUCAAAGGAGUAGAUAGUACCCUGGGAUAUGUGGGACGUUCAUUUGCUCCUGCUGCCGAAAAUGCCGUCCUGGUCCAGAUGUUGAAAGACAUGGGUGCUAUUGUCCUAGCCAAAACCAACGUGCCUCAGAGUAUCAUGUGGGCGGAAACAGAGAACCCCCUUUGGGGAGUGACUGCCAAUCCACGGAAUCCUGCAUUUACACCAGGCGGCUCGACCGGAGGGGAAGGUGCUCUUUUGGCCUUGCAUGGAUCCAUUCUAGGCUUGGGUACAGAUAUUGGAGGCAGUGUCAGAAUCCCAUCAAGUCUCAUGGGUCUGUAUGGCUUCAAACCCAGCAGUAGUAGACUGCCAUACUACGGGGUUCCUGUGUCCACCGAGGGACAGGAACAUGUCCCCUCUUCCGUCGGGACAAUGGCUCGUGAUCUAUCCUCGAUAUGCUACGUCAGUCGGUUAGUUGCAAACGCCAAACCCUGGAAUCUGGAUCCCAAAUGUACCCCCCUUCCCUGGGACGAGGAUGCAUUCCAUGAAAUACAGACCCGACCUAUGGCGAUUGGAUUGAUUCUGGAUGAUGGGGUCGUGAAAGUACAUCCCCCUGUCGAGAGAACGCUCCGGACUUUAUCGCAGAAGUUACAAGCUGCAGGCCAUGAGGUGGUCGCAUGGGAUACCUCGGAUCAUCGAGACUGUAUCCAGCUCAUGGAUCGCUACUACACUGCGGACGGCUGUGAAGAUAUUCGUCGCGAUAUCGACGCGGCCGGAGAGCCACUCAUUCCUCACGUGGAGGCACUGGUUAAGCGAGGGAAAGCCAUUUCGGUCUACGACUACUGGCAGCUCAAUAAGCAAAAGACUGCACUGCAGAAGAGAUACCUUGAUAAGUGGAAUGCUACUCGAUCUGCAUCGGGACAACUGGUUGACAUCCUUCUGGCUCCAACCACACCGCACCCUGCGGUGCCCCACGGUGGGGUGCGGUGGGUUGGAUAUACGAAAAUCUGGAACUUGCUCGACUAUGCGGCGGUCACACUGCCUGUCGACGAAGUAAGAGCCGGGGUAGAUAACUUGCCAGCAGAAGCCUAUCAGCCGAGAAACGAGCUCGACUCUUGGAACUGGUCUCUGUAUGAUGUACAGACCAUGGAAGGCCAUCCGAUUAACGUGCAGGUUAUUGGUCGGAAACUGGAAGAGGAGAGGGUGCUAGGAGCUGCGUGUGUAAUUGAGAAGAUUUGGAAGGAGACGUAG